AAAAGCCGUCUGCACGCAGGUAAACUGACGGAAGACUUGAAUCCAACAAAAGCACUGUCAAACACAACUAGAAAUGACUUUUACAAAGGCAACCAUAGUAUAAUACAAACGGACGCCACCAUGCCCUAUCUAGGAGUAUGCUGUGCCAACCUCAAGGACAACAAAGCCCUGAUGAAAAUGGGCUUGGGGCUUGUUCUCGUGGGUCAUGUAAACUUCCUUCUUGGUGCACUGGUCCAUGGCGCAGUGUUGAGGCACAUCAAUGUUCACCAACAGGCGCGCACUAUGGUGUACGCUAUCGCCAAUGUGAUUGCAAUAGUGGCUGGAUUGUUUGGAAUCAUUAAUGGAAUAAUAACCAUUGUAUUGUCCAAAAACAAGAAAAACAGGAUCCUGAGGUGGGUCCUGUUAUUCUUCAGCUUUAUAGUAGGACUUUUGGCUAUCUCCUCUGCUAUUGGUUUGAGUGUCUCCAUGAUCCAGGCGAUAAUUCAUAGAGGGAAAAGCCUACUGACACACUGCAAUUUUCCUGAUAAGAUUGACACUGCAAGCAUCACAUAUGAGUGCCCCUUUGACCCCACCCGCAUAUAUGCAACUACACUCAUUCUCUGGGUACCUCUAAUCGUCAUGUCAUUGGUGGAAUCUGUGUUCGCCAUUCGCUGCUUUGCUGUGUGCACAUCAUCCCUAUACCUCUGUCCAUGCAGGAGAAAACCUCUGCAGGCCAGACGGGUACAAAUCCAACAAAAAGCAGAAAGUUUUCCAGCUCCUGACCCUGCGGAGCCUGAAGAGGAGCCUGCAGAAGAAGACGAGCUGCUGGAUGGAGACACUGCAGUGGCUCAGAGUGACUGGCUCUGAGCUAAAGUCAGGCUAAAAUGAAACGAGGUGGAACUGCCAUAUCCAAGUCUACAGACUCUACAGCCUGUUACAUGUGAUGGCCCUGUUUCAUAAAGGAACUUCAAUAAAUUCUGGGUUUAAGAGUUAACUCCAGGUUAAUCUCCCCUGAAACAGACAACUCAGAGAUUUCUCUUUCACUAAACAGGUUUGGAGCAGAGUUAGAAAACUCAGAGAGAGUAAAUCGUGAGGUUAGAAGACACAAGCCUUCAUCAAUGGGUCCCAGAAGAGGAUUCACUGUGCCAACUAUAAACCAGAGGAGGCUUCCAUCUUAGAGUAACAGGAAGUCAUAAGACUGUGGAUCAGUCAGGUUUAAUAUAAAAGAAAUGUGGACAAGCACAUUGUUUAUCCAAUUUAUCCUAUUUUAAUACUAAGACUCAAAUAAUAUUACUCAAAAGGCCUACAUAAUUUUGCUGUAACAUUAAAAUUUCAAAGCGUACGUAAAUAAAAUAGUAUGAAGAUCCAUGAAUCUAAUGAUUUGUAUUUCCCAACACACUUAAGUGCAGAAGGAGAUGAAAGGUCAGGCUUAUAAGUCAUUUGAAUAAAAUAUUUGAAAAAUAUGAAUGGAUAAUGUAAAUUCGUUAAGCUCUUGUUAAACCAUAUUAAGUGCACCUGGUCCAUCUGUGACUGACUCAGAGCUCUCCUUCAAGAACAGACUCUGGUUAAACUCAGGGUUAGAGGAAUAAAAUCUGCUCUGGAUUAGGUGAGUUUCACAGAGCGAGUUACCAUGGUGACUGUUUUAGGUUAACUUUUUCUGUGAAACUGAAAACUCU